CACGUACAGAUUUUUAGUCUUCAUACUCAAGACAUACUUCACUAAGAGAGAAUGGCUAGUGACAGGAUCUAUGCUGCUUUACCUGAGCCGCCUCGUCAAAGCCAAGCAGAAAGCAAAGAAGAAGAAAAGAAGGCUUUUGGGAAUAUUUUUGCAGAGUUGGAAUCUGUGGACUUACCUCUUGGAACCACCUUAAGGUCUAUUUAUGAUGACCAACCCAAUGCCCACAAGCGCUUCAUGGAAAAGCUUGAUGCCAGGAUCAGGAAUCAUGACCGUGAGAUUGAAAAGAUGUGCAAUUUUCACCACCAAGGGUUUGUGGAUGCCAUCACAGAGCUCCUCAAAGUCCGUGCUGAUGCAGAAAAACUGAUGGGUCAAGUGACAGACACUAAUCGAAGACUACAAGAUGCAGGCAGGGAGGUGACAGCUCAGACAGAGGAGGUGAUUCGCUGUCGGGUCCAGCAGAGGAACAUGGCGACCACUGUGGAGAAACUCCAACUCUGUAUACCAGUGCUAGAAAUGUACAGCAAGUUAAAGGAGCAGCUGGAAUCCAAAAGAUAUUAUGCCGCACUAAAAACCAUGGAGCAGUUAGAGAAGGUCUAUAUCCCAAGGGUCAGUCAGUACAGGUUCUGUCAGAUCAUGGCUGAAAAUCUGCCCAGACUGAGAGAGGAGAUCAAAGACAUCUCCAUGUCAGACCUCAAAGACUUCCUGGAGAGCAUUCGAAAGCAUUCAGACAAGGUUGGAGAGACUGCCAUGAGACAGGCACAGCAGCAUAGGACCUUUAACAGUGCAGUAGCCAAGCAGGCCAGUAUGGGCCACUACAUCAAGCCCGUGUACUCUCUCAAUGAGCGAACUCAUGCUCACACUCCCAACGGCCUGCUGAUGGAUGAUGACACUGGAGAUGAUGAGGCUGAUGAAGAGAUUCUUACAGCUCAGGAUCUGGUGGACUUCUCGCCCGUCUACAGGUGUCUACACAUCUAUACUGUGUUGGGUGACCGAGAAACAUUUGAGAACUACUACAGGAAACAGAGGAAAAAACAGGCCCGGCUAGUUCUGCAGCCGCAGGCUAACAUGCAUGAGACAGUGGAAGGCUACAGAAGAUACUUCAAUCAGAUUGUGGGGUUCUUUGUUGUAGAGGACCAUAUCCUCCAUGCCACUCAAGGGCUGGUGACCAGAGCUUAUACUGAUGAACUGUGGAACAUGGCGCUGUCCAAGAUCAUCGCUGUACUCCGGACACACUCUUCAUACUGUGACGACCCAGACUUGGUGCUGGAGCUGAAGAAUCUCAUAGUCAUCUUUGCUGACACACUACAGGGGUUCGGCUUCCCGGUAAACCGUUUGUUUGACCUGCUGUUUGAGGUUAGAGACCAGUACAACGAAACCCUGCUGAAGAAAUGGGCACUGGUUUUCAGAGAGAUCUUUGAACUGGACAACUACAGUCCCAUCCCAGUGGAGACAGAGGAGGAAUAUAAACUGGUUGUCAGCCGCUUUCCCUUCCACGAUGCUGAGAUAGAGAAGCAGGACUUUCCUAAGAAGCUGCCAAUGUCCCAGUCUGUCCCUCAGAUCUACACCCAGGUCAAAGAGUUCAUUUACGCCAGCCUCAAGUUCUCCGAGUCACUACACCGCAGUUCAACAGAGAUUGAUGACAUGUUGCGAAAAUCUACCAACCUGUUGCUGACAAGAACUCUCAGCAGUUGUCUGCAAAACCUUAUCAAGAAACCUCACAUAGGACUGACCGAGCUGGUACAGAUCAUCAUUAAUACCACCCACCUGGAGCAGGCCUGCAGGUAUCUGGAGGAAUUCAUAACAAACAUCACCAACGUCUCCCCAGAAACAGUUCACACCACAAGACUCUACGGACUGUCGACCUUCAAGGAUGCUCGUCAUGCUGCAGAGGGAGAGAUUUAUACCAAACUGAACCAGAAGAUCGAUGAGUUCAUCCAGCUAGCAGACUACGAAUGGGGCAUGGCCGAGUCUGACGGCCGCGCUUCAGGGUAUCUCAUGGACCUGAUCAACUUCCUACGAUCUACCUUCCAGGUGUUCACACACCUCCCGAAUAACAACAAUGAUCAUGCAUCAAUGUCG